AUGUCUCUCACCCAAAAGAUCGAGACCCCCUCAAUCACCUACGAGCAGCCCCUCGGCCUCUACAUCGAUGGCAAGUGGGUGAAGGGCAAGGAGGGCAAGACCUUCGAGACCAUCAACCCCACGAAUGAGAAGCCCAUUGUUGCCGUCCAUGAGGCUGGCCCCGAUGAUGUCGACAUUGCCGUCAAGGCUGCCCGCAAAGCCCUAAACGGCGUGUGGAGAGAAACCACGCCUUCGGCCCGUGGCCAAAUGCUUACCAAGCUCGCCGACCUUCUCGAUGAACAUAUUGAUACCCUCGCCGCCAUUGAGUCCCUCGACAACGGCAAGGCCCUCUCGAUGGCCAAGGUCGAUGUCGGGUUAUCCUCAGGCUGCUUGCGCUACUACGGUGGCUGGGCUGACAAGAUUCACGGCAAGACCAUUGACACUGACCACGAGACCUUCAACUACACCCGCCACGAGCCCGUAGGUGUUUGCGGUCAGAUCAUUCCCUGGAACUUCCCUCUCCUCAUGUGGGCUUGGAAGAUUGGUCCCGCUCUCGCCACCGGCAACACUGUUAUCUUGAAGACUGCUGAACAGACACCUCUCUCCGGUCUGUAUGCUGCUACUCUCGUUGAGAAGGCUGGCAUUCCCGCUGGUGUCGUCAAUAUCAUCUCCGGCUUCGGCAAGACUGCCGGUGCUGCUAUCGCUUCCCACAUGGACAUUGACAAGGUUGCUUUCACCGGCUCGACUGUCACUGGCCGUGCUAUCCUCCAGGCUGCUGCCAAGUCCAACCUCAAGAAGGUCACUCUUGAGCUGGGCGGCAAGAGCCCCAACAUUGUCUUCAACGAUGCCAACAUCGAGGAUGCCAUCUCGUGGGUGAACUUUGGUAUUUUCUUCAACCACGGCCAGUGCUGCUGUGCCGGCUCUCGCAUUUACGUCCAGUCUGGCAUCUACGACAAGUUUAUCGAGGCCUUCAAGGGCCGCACCGCAAAGAACGUUGUUGGUGACCCAUUCGCCAGCGACACCUUCCAGGGUCCUCAGGUCAGCAAGUUGCAGUUUGACCGCAUCAUGAACUACAUCCAGGCUGGCAAGGAUGCUGGUGCCAAGGUUGAGACUGGUGGCGAUCGCCAUGGCAAGGAAGGUUACUUCAUCCAACCUACUAUCUUCUCUGGUGUGUCAGAGGACAUGAAGAUCAUGCAAGAAGAGAUCUUCGGCCCCGUCUGCUCCAUCUCGAAAUUCGAGACCGAGGAUGAGGUCAUCAAGGCCGGCAACGAGACAACCUACGGUCUCGCCGCUGCUGUGCACACCACUAACCUCAACACCGCUAUCCGUGUCUCCAACGCUCUCAAGGCCGGCACCGUCUGGGUCAACUGCUACAACAUGCUCUCUUACCAGGUUCCUUUUGGUGGCUUCAAGGAGUCCGGUAUUGGCCGCGAGCUGGGCAAGUAUGCGCUGUCCAACUACACCCAGGUCAAGUCCGUCCGUGUCAGACUCGGCGGUGCUCUCUUUGGCUAA